AUGUUGAAAGUGCUUGCAAAGGGUCGUACGCAGUCCCAGGUGCUUCGGAGCAACUUCAAGCCCAGUGUGAGCAGCGUAGGAAUCGGAAUGGCGCCCACACCCAAAACUGCCCGGAGCAGCAGCUCUUUACCAGCAGGGUACAGAGAAGAUUCCUCGAAAGGUGCUAUGUUACGGUUCGAGGAUUCUCUACCUAAACUACCGGUCCCAACCCUAGAAGAGACGGCGAAACGAUAUCUCAAAUCUGUCCACCCACUUCUCUCAUCCACCGAAUUCGAAUCCACAACCAAAGCUGUCCAGGACUUCAUAAAACCGGGCGGAAUUGGCGGCAAGCUUCAGGAGAAGUUGCUUGCACGACGAGAAGACCCAAAACACAAGAACUGGCUCUAUGAUUGGUGGAAUGAGGCUGCAUAUCUCACGUACCGGGACCCAGUUGUACCCUAUGUGAGCUACUUCUACUCUCACCGAGAUGACAGGCGGCGGCGGGACCCCUCAAAGCGUGCAGCUGCUAUAAGCACUGCUACUUUAGAGUUCAAGAAGCAGGUGGACCAGGGCUCACUGGAGCCAGAGUAUAUGAAGAAGCUUCCAAUUUCCAUGGAGAGUUAUCAAUGGAUGUUCAACGCCUCUCGGCGACCUGCGAAACCUGCCGAUUAUCCUGUUACAUUCUCUCCGGCAGAGAACAAGCACAUCCUAGUGAUUCGCAAGAAUCAAUUCUUCAAGGUUAUGCAUGAGGUUGAUGGCAAGCAACUCAACACCUCUGAAUUAGAGCAGCAAUUCAAACAGAUCUACCAGAAGGCAGAGAGGGCACCUGCAGUCGGAAUCCUUACCACUGAGAACCGCGAUAUCUGGACCGAUGCUAGAGAGGUUCUUCUAAAAGCACACUCUGGAAAUGCCGAAGCCCUGAAGACGAUCGAAUCUGCUUCAUUUGUAGUCUGCUUGGAUGACGCUGCCCCAGUUACCCUUGAGGAGCGCGCUCACCAGUACUGGCACGGUGACGGCUGCAACCGCUGGUUUGACAAGCCACUCCAAUUCAUCGUCAAUGACAAUGGCACAGCCGGGUUCAUGGGCGAGCAUUCGAUGAUGGAUGGCACACCUACACAUCGACUGAACGAUUAUGUUAAUGAGAUGAUCUUCAACAACAAGCUGGACUUCUCAGACCCUUCAGUCCGCUCCAACCUGCCUGAUCCUACUCCAAUCAAGUUCCACGUGAAUAAGGAAGUCCAAGCCGAAAUUGAGCGCGCCACAAAAGACUUCACUGAGGUUAUUGGCAGCCACGAGCUUCGUGUACAAGCAUACCAAGGUUACGGCAAAGGGCUGAUCAAGAAAUUCAAAUGCUCACCCGACGCAUACGUGCAAAUGGUCAUCCAGCUCGCCUACUUCAAGAUGUAUGGCAAGAGCCGACCUACAUACGAAUCAGCCGCCACUCGUCGUUUCCAACAAGGCAGAACGGAGACGUGCCGCACAGUUUCCGACGACUCGGUCGCCUUCUGCAAGGCGAUGAGCGAUGGUUCUAGCGACCCUCAAGAGACGAUCGGGCUAUUCCGCAAAGCUAUCAAUUCGCACGUGGAAUACAUCAGUGCUGCAUCGGACGGUAAGGGUGUUGACAGACAUCUCUUCGGCUUAAAGAAGCUACUCGCCCCAGGCGAGGAGGUCCCAGCGAUCUACAAGGACCCUGCGUUUUCAUACUCGUGCAAGUGGUUUAUCUCGAGCUCGCAGCUUAGCUCGGAGUACUUCAAUGGAUAUGGGUGGAGCCAGGUCGUUGACGAUGGAUGGGGAAUUGCAUACAUGAUUAACGAGAACACUAUCCAAUUCAACGUUGUGUCCAAGGGUCUUGGUAGCGAUCGUAUGAGUUUCUAUCUCAAUGAGGCUGCGGGAGAUAUGAGAGAUCUCUUGCUUCCUACGUUGGAGGCGCCUAAGGCGAAGCUAUAG